AUGUAUUUGUAUUAUUUACUAAUUAUAAUUAUUAAUUUUUUUUCCUCAACAAAAAUUAACCUGCAUGUGAGAGCAGGACACAUCCUGCCCUGGCAGAAACCAGAGAGCAACACGCACUACAGUCGUCUGAAUCCUCUGGGUCUGAUUGUUGCUCUUAAUGAUGAAGGUGUAGCACAUGGAUCCCUGUUCUGGGAUGACGGAGAGGGAAUCAAUACUGUUCAGAAUGGGCGAUACCUCUUGACAACUUUCUCUGUGUUUGAUCGUAUUCUUACCAGCGAGGUUUCCGUAAAUGGGCUGGCCGAGGCUGACAGACUGACCCUGGGUGUCGUGAGGGUUUGGGGUGUAACAGAGGAAUUCUCUCAGGUUACCAUGAAAGUGGCUGGGAAGCCUGAUGCCAUCUUGAAACACAUCUAUAACCCUGAGAUUCAGGAGCUGGAGUUUGACGCAACACCGCAAUCUCACACCAUCGAAACGUCUUUCACAAUCACCUGGACCAAAGCUUGAGCCAAGAACAAUCGCAAUUAUUUCUGUUUAUUUAUGAAUGUUCAGUCAACUAGUAAUUUAUUUAGCAUUUCUGCUGGAAGCUUUUUAUGGUAGAUAUCGUCUGGACUUAAAACAUGAAAUGAUUUCUUCUAAAGUAAAGGUUUUGUUGAUGUCUUUUGGUUGGGAUCUCAUAUUAGAAACAGAUUGUGGUUGUGCAACUUUAGGCCAAACUUGGAAGGCUGAAUCUGUAAUGCUGGCAUUUGGGGAAGAGCGAAUAUAAUAACCCUUAAUUAUCGACAAUCUCAGCUUUUUAACGAG